UGGACACAAAUACUUAAUUUUUAGGGGAAAAGGCCAGUACAAUACCCAAGAUGUUUGAUUAGAUUAACAUUGAAUGUAACAUCAUAUCACGUUUCUACACAGUGGUGGAAAACUAUUCUUAUUUAAAUGACUUGUUUGUCACUAGUCAUUGAACCAUAAGAUCAAAAUAAACUCGAUCGCCAACAUUUUAUACAAAAACAUCUCCAGAUAUUUGUGCUCCAUGCGGAGCUUAUUAAAAGAAUAUUACAUACACUUCCCACCGGACGAGACAGGUGUCUGUGACCUAAUAUUCUUGUUUACGUCAUUUUGACCCACUAACAAAAGACAGGUCACUUCAACGACAAUGCACGUGAUACUUACACCCAGAAUAAACACCAACAAUACCAACAUUAUCUGUCUGAUGUUUGUCCUUCAUUAAAAUUAUAAUUUGGUAGAUUAUUACCUGUACUAUCGGGAUAACCACGAGGAUUUUUACUACGUUUACGGACUUUUUGGGAGGAAGAAGUAAUGGCGCAUGCGCGAGUGGCCUCGACGCGCGUGCGUACUGAAAACGUCAGGUCUAUUUCAGUAGUGCAGUCCCUCGCGCGAGAACACCCGCUGGAACGCACACUCCCAACAAUAAAUCACGCAAACCAGAAGAUUAACAAAUUCUAUCAUAUUUUAGUAUUAUGUUUCGGAGUAAUAUGUGUUCCUACUCAUGUCGAUCGUUAGGUUAACUCUCACUCCGCAGUGCCAUUAAAUUUUAAAUAGAUAAACAAGUGAACAGCGAAAUGCGGCAAUGCGACAUAGUCAUGGGGGAAUCGAUGCAGCCAGUAUUCUUUGAGGCCAAAUUGUCAAAUAUUUAGUGUCAAAUAAUUUAAUAAGAUGGAACCGCUCAUAGACAGGAACAACUUCGCCAUCAGCGCGAUGAUGACAGUCGCCAUGCAAAUCCUGUUCUUCACGAUAGCGUCGCUAUUCCAGAGCGAUAAAGUGACGGACUUCACCGGCGGCGCUAACUUCAUCAUCAUUGCCUUGCUCACGUUCUUCCUCGGACAAGGUGGAAAUCACCUCAAAAACUACGAUAGUAGACAGCUGAUGGUGACCACAUUUGUGUGCCUCUGGGGAGCGCGUUUAUCUGGCUACCUCAUAUACAGGAUCUACCACAUUGGCCGGGAUAAGCAGUUUGAAGACCGUAAAAGCAACACAUUAAGAUUCGCAGUAUUCUACAGCUUUCAAGCCUUCUGGGUUUUCAUCGUGAGCCUACCCGUCAUUAUUAUUAACUCGCCUCAUCACUCGUUCCCUAAGUCGCCUAAAACUAUGACCACGCUAGACUCGGCCGGCGCGGGAGUGUUUAUAAUUGGUUUGUUAAUCGAAACAUACGCGGACCUACAAAAAUUUGCCUUUAGGCAAGAUCCAGUGAAUCAGGGCAAGUGGUGCAAUGACGGUCUGUGGGGUCUUUCCAGACAUCCCAAUUACUUCGGCGAGGUGGUACUUUGGUGGGGUAUAUUCAUUAUAUCGCUGAAUGUUAUUGAAGGUAUCGAAUGGAUAGCUAUUUUAUCACCUUUGUUCACUACGGCUAUCAUUUUAUUCUUAUCUGGUAUACCGUUACUCGAAAGAUCGGCGGACGAAAAAUACCGUGAUAAUCCAGAUUAUUUAUAUUACAAAGCGUCAACGUCACCUCUGAUACCGAUACCUCCGGCCAUAUAUGUGGAAGUGCCGAAAUUUCUGAAGUGUAUAAUGUGCUGCGAAUUUCCUAUUUACGAUUCGACGAGCGACGAAUUCCCAGCGCCUACGAUUGUCACCGAGACGACAAGCGUUUCAAUGGUUCAGUCUCAAACAUAGCUAACACACGCCGCGCGCGAGGAGGCCGCGGCGAAGCACGAGCAUCGCUCACAGCACAACCACAAGCAAUUGUGAUACACGGCUGAUGACAAAACCGAACAGAAAAAACACCCCGACUCGCUUCCGCUAAAACAAAACAACACCACCGAUAUGAACCUCUAUAAUAGUUACAUGGAAAAUAUUAGAAAAAGUAAAGAUGUAGCUCUAGAUUUACUCGAGGAUACUAAAGAAAUUAUAGACUGUGUCACUUUAGAGAACGAAGUUAGGAAUAAAAAGAAGAAAACCCCUUAUAGUGAUAUAGAAAUAGACUUAGGCCCCGGUCCCAGUUCACAGAAGCCGAAGAGGUCGACUGAGAUUGUAAAAUACGACAAAAUUACCUUUGAUACGACAGCGAUUCUGCAUCAUUAUCCACAGAAUUCGCAGAAAAAGAAACCAGCUAAUGUAAAACUUGUCGUAAAAGUAGCUACUAAGAAAUCGGAUUUAAAUAUACCAGAGGGUAAUCAAGACAACAACAAUGACGUUAGGUCGGAAAAUAAAGAGAAAGAAGAAGGAAAGAGGGACAACGUUAACAAUAAUGAAUCAGUUGCCAAAGCUAACUGCGUGGUCAAAGCCGACAAUACAAUCGAAGUGCUAAACAAACCUGUCAAAUUUACAGAAGAAAAACUUGUAUGAGAUUUAGAGAUACAAUUUUUUUCUAUGCACUUUCGGUUAUCUAGACUUUGGCACCGGCUACAAAAGCCAUCAAAAGUGAAAAAAAGAAACAUAUCGAUUUAUGAAAUGUUGUAAAUAUAAUCAUUAAAAGACUGGGGUAUAGAUAUGAACUUAAUAUUAGAAUACAAAGAUUUAUCAAAGAUUAAUUGUUCUUAUAAUAAAGAGAUCGAGUAAUAAAUUGUUGUGGGUAGAAUAUCGAUUUAGUAUAUAGCAUCAGCCAAUCAUAGUGUAGUAUAAAACUCUCAAUCCGUCUCAGUAGGCUCUAGUGGGUAGGCCUCAACAGGCGAUACGCUGAAGGCCGCAGUAAACUUCGCAGUCUGUUCAGAGAUCACCCAGCUAAUCUCAUCGUCCAUCUGCAAUGUGGCCUGGCCGGGCUACGAGCAGUGCUCGCAGGUCCGCUUCUCCGUGCCGCUCGUGUACGAGGACGUGGACACGGACCGGCUGAACUCCACGGA